UAAGAAUUGAUUAAUUUACUUAUCAUGAACCACAUUUACAUUUUGUGCGAUUCAGGAGGUGUUCCUUCCAUGAAUAAUGGCGAAUGUACAUACAUCAACACCAACAUCUCAGAGGGCGUUAUCCAAAGUCUCCCGGGUACCGGCAGUGACUACCAAAACAACAUGGACUGCUCUUAUGUGUUCACUCGCAACACCCCCUUCUACCUGAACAUCAACUUCACCGCCCUCGACACAGAGUCUUCAAGCAACUGCCGCUACGACUAUGUCCAGGUUGGGGAUGACAAAUACUGUGGAAGUGAUUUGCCCAACGCAACCAGAGUGUCCGUGCAAGGUGGAUCAGCCAUAAUCCGCUUCAGAAGUGACAGCAGUAAUACAGGAAAGGGUUUUGUGGCUUUGUUCAGUAUUGAAGAGCACUGCAACUUCGACAGUGAUGAUCUUGAGGGCACCUAUACCCUGGCCACUGAUUCCGAGGGACAAUACGAAAACAACCAACACUGUGACAUCACUAUCCGCUCUCCUCCCACCCCUCACAUCACCACUGUCAACUUUACCCGUUUUGACAUCGAGGACGAUACAGGCUGCGACUAUGACAGUUUGACAGUGACAAGCGACGAGGGCACCGAGAAACUGUGUGGAGCUAAAGAGUCCUUCAUCCGACAAUACACCGGGCAAUCAGUUGACAUGACAUUUACCAGUGACGGAAGUGUUGUGCGUAGCGGUUUCACCUUUAGCUAUGUCACUGAACUUGUCUACUGCAAUGCAACCAUAAACGGCACCACCGGUACCUUUGAGUCACAGCCUGGUGGUUACGGCAGCCACAUGUACUGCACCUACACCAUCAACACCCCAAGUCCUGGAGAACUUCUUUUCAACUUCCCAUUGUUUGACGUUGAGAGAGACAGCAGUUGCCGAUAUGACGCUGUGGAGAUGGGAGGAGACAAGCUGUGUGGAACAAACAUCGCAGAGAAGACGUACAGUACUGAUGGUCAUUUCGAGUUCGUCUUCACAAGCGAUGGAUCAGUAAAUGGAGAAGGUUUCAAGAUAGACUUCACUUUCAUCCCUCAGAAUUAG